UUCUCUCAACUUCCGGUUUCUCUCUCUCCUCAGCGCUUGGAGCUGCAGUCCACUCUCUCCGCUGUACAGGGAGAAAGCGCUUUGACGGAUUUACUCAUCUCAGUUAAACGCAACAUUAGCUUUACGGCUAGCCACUCACCAGUGAAGAAUGACGAAAGGCCGCUGGAGUCGGUGAAAGCUUGUCACGGCUGACCAUCUUGGGACUUUCAUGUGGGGUAACAUCGAGAAAACCAAGUUGGAGGACCAUGCCGUCUCGCGUCCCUGAAGACGUUUCCACUUCUGAAAAGCUAACUUAAGAGCUAGCAAGCUACAAACUAUCAUUAAUUGGCUUUGGGCUCAAUGGCUGGCGAAUGUUUUCACUGCCAUAGACACAGCUGGGAAAGUUGAAACAGGGAGAGGCUGUGUGAACUUCAUGACAAACGAAAGUCAACAUUUUUGAAGUGUGCACUUCGGGAGGACUCGACUGGAACGGCGACGAAAAUGAAGAAACAGUUUAAUCGCAUGAAACAGCUCGCCAAUCAAACAGUUGGCAGAGCGGAGAAAACAGAAGUUCUCAGCGAUGACCUUUUACAGAUUGAACGGCGGAUGGAGUUGGUGCGUGUGGUGUCCCACAACACACACAAGAAGAUGGUCUCGUGUCUGCAGGGACAUAUUGGAGCAGAUGCAGAGAAAAGACAUUCCGUACCGCGCCUCUAUACAGGAAAUGGUCAGAAAAAGCUUCCUUUGACAGCAUUGUCUCAAGCUAUGAUAGAAGGUGGGAGCCAGCUGGGAGAAGACUCUUUAAUAGGGAAGAUGAUGGAGGUAUGCGGGGAUGCGGAGAGCCGUCUGGCAUCUGAAUUGAUGCAACAUGAGCUGCAGAUCGAGAAAGACAUCUUGGAUCCUCUCAGCCAACUUGCGGAGGUGGACAUCCCCAACAUCCUGAAACAGAGGAAACAGUUGGCCAAAUUGGUGCUGGACUAUGAUUCUGCCAGAGCGAGAUGGUUGCAGGCGACCAAGUCAAUAAUCUCAGGAACAAACACUCAAGCACUGACAGCCAAGGCUGAUCUACUCAAGGAGGAGAUGGAUGAAGCCAUGAACAAAGUGGAGCUUUGCAAGGACCAGCUUGCCGCAGACAUGUACAGUUUCUUCUCAAAAGAAGGAGACUAUGCCUGCUAUUUUGUAACGCUCCUAGAAGCUCAGGCGGAAUACCACAGAAAAUCUCUCUCUCUGCUGGAGAGUGUCUUGCCCACCAUCCAGGCUCAGCAAGAUACAUGGACAGAGAAACCCGCCUUUGGCACGGCGCUGGAUGAACACCUUAAAAGGAGUGGGCGGGAAAUCGCACUGCCCAUAGAGGCCUGUGUCAUGAUGCUGUUGGAGACUGGAAUGAAGGAAGAGGGUCUGUUCAGAAUUGCAGCUGGGGCAUCCAAACUAAAGAAGUUAAAGGCAGCGCUGGAUUGUUCUACUUCGCAGUUGGAGGAGUUCUACUCUGACCCCCAUGCUGUUGCUGGAGCACUAAAGUCCUACCUGAGGGAACUCCCUGAACCUCUAAUGACCCACCAGCAUUAUGAUGAAUGGACCCAGGCAUGCAGUGUAUCGGAUCCAGACAAGAGGCUUCAGGCUCUGUGGGUUGUAUGUGAUAAACUACCAAAGAACAACAAAACCAACCUGAGGUAUCUGGUGAAGUUCCUGGCCAAACUGGCUCAGGACAGCGAGAUAAAUAAAAUGACUCCCAGCAACAUCGCCAUUGUCCUUGGACCCAAUCUGCUUUGGGCUAAGACUGAAGGGAGUUUGGCAGAGAUGGCUGCAGCUACCUCUGUGCAUGUUGUGGCCAUCAUAGAACCCAUCAUCCAGCAUGCUGACUGGUUCUUUCCUGAGGAUGUGGACUUCAAUGUUUCCGGCAUGUUUGCAAUGCCGGUACCUGCAUCCAACCACAACAAUCAUCUAGAUUAUGACAGCGUGACUAUUGAGAGGAAGAGACCAGGCAGUUUGGUGGGACCAGAGACAGACACAACACGCAAAGACAAUAGCACCCCUAACAAGCACUCGGACCACACCAUCCGUAGAGGCAGUACCACCUUAGGUAGAAAGCAGCACACCUCACCUGCCUUCCAGCCUCCUUUACCCCCUGUGGAGACUCCAGGGCAGCAGGGACACAGCGCCGGGCAGGUCCCGCAGCCCUCGGCCGAGCCCCUUGCCCAAGCUCCUUCUGUGGGAACUGGGGGGCCCGAUACCUCUCAUAGCUUGCCACAGGGUCUCGCUGCCCUUGCUGCCGCCCAGCAGCUUCUAGCACAGCACACAGAGGAGCUCAGCAACCCAAAGCUACGAGACCCCACAGCCGCUCCCGCACCCCUACUCCAGCGUAGUGGUUCUGGAUCGGGGAGCCAUGCUGCUGGCCAGCUGGGCAGCGGGACCGGUGGGGCGGGAUCCAUGGGUUCCAGUCCACAUAUGACGCGUAGAGCUGAGAGGAAGCUCGCAGCUCUAUACGCUACCAAGAAGCAGGCACCUGCUCCACCCAAGCCUCCAAACCCUCCCCCGAGUCAGCCCUCCGCUUCAGUGAACCCUUCUUCCUCAUCGGUCACAUCUCAACCCCUCAGUCCGCCUCCAAGACCCCUAUCCAGCCACUCCCCCACCUCACCCACGUCUCCUGUCCCUCAGCAAUACAACACACCCCGGCGCCACUCCAGUAAUCAACCUCCAAUUCAGGCCCCCAACCAUCCACCUCCAGAGCCACCGACACAGGCCAGUUCUCCCAGUCUGACUGGUGGGGACCAGCAGAGCACGGAGCCCUCGCCCCCAGACUCACCUACCCCUCCAGACACUCCUCCACCCUCCGCUGCCUCUUACCAGGAUGGCGCUCAGGUCGCCCCUCCUUCACCGUCUCCCUACCAGUCGGGGUCGCUCCCCCGACCGCGACCCGUCCCCAAGCCCAGGAACAGACCCAACAUCCCCCCUCCACCGCAGCCCACCCCCAUGGCCAGCGACAGCAACGGGAUCUGUGCCACAGCUUACAAGAUGAUGGACCCGGCUAUGUCCUUCAAAGGGCUGAGUCGGGCUUUGGUGCCGGAGUUCAGUGUGGACCAGCAGCCUGUGACCGUCUCUUCCUCGCUGCCUCCCCCUAAAGACUGCGAUCUGGAGAGCGAGAGCACGGUCCUAUAAGGAAGGACGCCAUGAACCUCUUCCUUUACACUCCUGCAUCUUGCUGGUCGCAUCAGUGUGAAUAUUUUUUUGGUAGGGACGGGGUUCUGUCAUUUUGUAGCUUUUACAGUGGAACUCCUCCAUUGAAAAACCAUCCGUUUUAAUCUUAAAUGUUGAAGUUAGCAAACAAUGGAGGAAGGCGGUGUGUAAUUGUAAUGAUGUGGGAAUUUGUACCAAAAUAUGGAUGGAUGAUGGGAUACUUCUUUUUUUUUUUUAAUGUUAAAAAAAUGGCCUUAGAACAUGAAAUGACAAAAGGUUAGCGGGUGGAACCAAAAACGUGGUGACUGCAGGUUUCCAGUCAUCCCAAACACUCUUUUCUCUCGCUCUUCUAUUUAUUUACCGAAACACACACAUUCCCUGUGGCUUGACACAAUUGAUGCAGUUAGUAAAUGUACAUAAAUAAAAGCCUUAAUAGGAUGAAAGCAUUGUAUAUUUACUAUACGGACAGCUCUAUUAUAUAUUUUUUACUUUAGCAUUUCCAAUAAGCUGUCUUCAGGGAUGACACAGGAAGGGAGGAAGGAACGUGGGGGUUCUUUUCUUAAACUUUGGGUAGCGGGGUUAACUUGGCGGCCCUCAACGCAGUCAGUAUUUUUGCCUUUCUUCUCCUUCCCUUUUGUGAGUUUGAAUGUAAACCGAAGGAUGCGAUGCUGAUGUUGCACAUGAGCAAAGGCCAUCGGAUCACUUUUAAAGUUGUUUUGUUUUGGGUUUUUUGCCUCCAUUGAGCUGAGCACUCACAGCAGUGUACUUCAGUAGUGACGUGGUGGAACAUUUUAUCUACUUUCCUCCCUCUAGAAUGGUACCAAUGCAGAAAAGUCUUGGAUGCUGCAGCCCUGGAAAUAUGUGAUUUUUAUUUCCUUUCCCCAACCUCUUUAGACAAUCAAAUGAUAUCAUGUC